CCGACAGUUAAGUCAGUGCUGCGCGUGAUUGCGAACGCAUGCCCCCGCGCCGGUAUUACAACAUCGCAUAAUAAAAUAAACGAAACGAAAUAAAAAAAAACAUUAUCUAAACUCCCGAACUCAACAACGAAUUCGAUAUUCGAAUAAGUGAAAGUGACAGUUUGUGUUUUUUGUCUGUGGCUUUUUUUUCUUUUUUUCACAACUUGGCGUGCGUUGUUUGCUUUGUUGACCUGAAACAGCUGUCAAAAUAUUGUCCAGAUUACCAAGAAUUCUGAUGCAUUGGCUACAGCCCCAUGAAGGAGUAUCCAGCAAUUACUAGUUAGGUAUCGAACCCGGAACUCGGCGCGCUCGUAACUCGCCGCGCUACGGGGAGCUAAGGCAGACGGACACUGGCAUAAUAACUUCGAGCCGCCAUGCACAUCACGACCAACACACGAUCAGUUUUAUUGGAUGUCCUUCAGCGCUGCAAGCACAUGGGCUAAUUUGAUGGCCCAACGACCUACAAACCCCAGCGCAAGUGGAAUCAAGAUCGAAAGUAAUACAGAUAAAAUUAUAACAGUAGGGUGACAAUAAUGACUCAAUAUAAAAGACUUUAAAAUUCUAUAACUAUCAAACCCACCGUAUAUAACUGUAAUAAUAUCGGUAUAAUAAAAAAGAUCCGUUUGACUGUCUCUUGCACUAUUAAAAUAAAAUAAUAACAUACUAAUUAAUUAUUAACUCAAAGCAAGUUUUGUAAAAACUAGAACACAAGUGUAAAUCAAAUACUAAAAAUAAUACUUUUAAAAGAACUUAAAGAAUAUUUAGCAGAUAUUCUAAACUUGUAACAAUAAUUCAACUAGCAACAUUAUUUUUUAAAAAUAACAAAUUUGCUAGUGAUACAAUAAUUUAUAGCAGAAUUUAAAUCACUUUCAAAAAUUUAGAAAGAAAAGACGCAAAAUCCAAAUGCUAUCCACAACAUAAAAUGAUGCAACAAAGAAUAUAAAAUAGAUCAGAACAUGAAGAUGUGUUUACAAGUGACGUAAUCAAAAAUCCAAGAUGGCGAACAAAGUGAAGAACAACCAUUACGUGGCGACGCACCGCUCGGGGGUGGACUCACCCUCCUCCGGGGGUUACUUGCACAGAUCCUCGAGGGAUGAAAACGACAGCCACCGAGCGCCCUCCGAGAGGACACUGUCUGAAUAUACGGGCAUAGAUGAACGGACGCGGUCCCCAGCGGGCGGCGGCGAGCGCAGAAACGGGCGGCGUCAGCACAGCAACGGCUCGCCGAGGGACUCGGGCUCGGAGGUGUACGUCACCAGCGCCGCCUACCGCCCGCCCUCCGAGAUAAGUCGGCAGUCUCGCGCGCCGCGCAGCGUAUAUUCAUACCGCAGCGCAGUGGCGCCCUCUGUCGCCUCCACACACCGCUCCAAAGUGUCCAGGAAGGCGGGAGUGAAGGUGGACGCCAUGGCAGCGCCCAACCCGCUGUGCCCCAACGUGAAGGGCAUGUGCUGCCUCAUGCUGCUGCUGAACCUGGGCCUCAUCCUCGUCACGCUGGGCUUCGUCAUCGUACUGCAGUUCUUUGAGCCACUGUUUGUUUGGAUCCUGGGCAUAGUCUUCCUUAUAUUCGGCUUCAUCACACUAGUGGGCAGCCUUAUCUACUGCGUGGUGCUCUGCCGCGAGAACCCAUACCCUCAACACCCUGAGGAGUUCUACUGGACGCACCACUGGUCCAAGACAAUCGGUCCCUCGGAAAUACACUACAGCGCGAGUGAAAAACCGUACAGACAAAACGGCCAUAGAUACGAAAACGGAAAGUACUCAGAUCGGGAAAGCGCUAAGGGUUACUCGGAUAGGGAAAGUAAAUUAAGUAGGUAUUAGAGACCUAGCUGAUAUAACUGCACCAAAAGGAAUAAAGUAUAGACCGCGCCAAAUUUCGAGUCCGCUCUGAACACGAGGCGUAUGCUUAAUAAAGCAUAUCCAAGCCGGUUAUUGACAGCUGCACAUAUUAGUUUAUUAUGAAACCCUGCUAUAUCUCACUGGAUACAACGUCAGAGUAUGCCCGACUAGUUUGGAUCGUGCCACGUUGUAAGAACCAGAUCAUUAAUUCGAUCACUCAAAGUAUAAUUUCUCUUUACCAUAUGUAUGCAGAUAUCCAAAUAUACCGCUCAUCAUCUCUUGAGAACCUAAGCUCAACUGUCUCUGCUAUAAACUGUGACCUUAGCGCAAUUGAUACCUGGGGCAGACAGUAUGGGCUUAAGGUAAAUCCCCUAAAAUCUAAGGCCAUUAUUAUUGGUAGUCCUGCCCUCAUCUCAAGAGUUGAUUGGGUAGAUCUCCGGCCAGUUUUAUAUAAUGGUACCACUAUUCCCUUUUGUGAAAGAACCAGAUCAUGACUAAGGGACGUAUAGGUUUGAAAUUACAUUGAUCACAAGUCCAGGGCUCUGCUUGGAGUUUUUCUCUCUGCCAUUCGAUAGACCCGGUACCCGAACGGUGAAUCCAUGGAUUGCUAAGAUAUUCGUCUGAAUAACAACCACGAUAGUUUAAAUUCUAAAAUAGCUGCGUGUUGUAUGUCAGAGCGGCCUCAAAAUAUGGAGUUGAGUAUAUCUGUCUACAUCGUAUGAAACUAAAAUAAUUAUUACAAGCAAACAGUCAGUCCUCGACUGUAAAUUGAAAAGCGCAGUAAAGGGGUGCGGUAAAAAAAUGCUCUUGAUAAUCUAUGAAUGCCGCAUAAACUUAAAAGAAAGUAAAAUAAAAUGGCUUGCCUGUUGUAUUCAAUGAACUUGCCUUAUUUUAUAAUCCGUAUAAUAGGAUGCAGUUUUUAUGACGUUUCCGAACAUCAUGCGCUAAGCUGCGAAAUACAAGAUUUUGGGUAUCCCCGGUUAGGCAGUGGCGCGGCACUCGAAGUCGCCUCAUGCGUCUUCAUAUUAGACCUGCGCGUGAUAACAGUUGCACCUUACUUCGGAGACAUCACAAAGUUUGCAUCCGACUAUGCCUAACGAUGGUUUUGUUACUCAACAAUGUGAGCCUCGAAUUUACCUCUAUCUGUAGAGGAAAGUAUAAUAAAAUAUUUUUUAUUUCGACGGUUGAAGGUCUGGACCCUAUAGAAACUAUAUUCCAAACUAAAGUCCAAAUUUCAUAAUUGUCUACCUUACUUACCUAUGGUCAGUGGCGUGCACUUUAUAGAUGUAACAAUGCAUUGCCUAGCCUGAGGACUCAUUGCGAACCUGUAUUGUACAAGAAAUUUUAAAUUUUGUACGAUUUGCACGAAUAAUGCCUACCCUUAUUAAAAAUUAUAUGCACGCCAAUGCCUAUGGUAGGAGCAGCUGACUUUCUUCUUAAAAUGAAGUACCUAAGUCUGGCUAUCUAGGCGUUUGGUCCAUAAUAGGUCGAAUAACAAAAAUUAAAAAAAAACACGAAGCUCAAAUCUUGAAUGAAUUAUCAUGUACAGACUUCAGAGCUUCCAUUAAUAAAUCCUUUUAAAAAAUAACGGAUCAUCAUAAUCUUUCUGUUUACUAACUUUCAAUUAACGGUAAAUGAUUAAUUGUAUAGUUUUAGUAACAAUAAUUUAUAACAAUUUAUUGUAAAUAAUUUAUACAUUUUGAUGUUUUAAAAAUGCCAUAUUAAUUUACCUGUUACUUUAAAAUGUUAAUUAAUAAAAAAUGUAAUUAUUAUGUAAGUUGGAAUAGAGAUUUCAAAAAAUAAAGAUAAUUCAGAGUUUAUUUAGUUAACUAUAAGUAAUUAAUAAUGUGUAAUACGUAAAUAAAUGAAAAAUAUUUUCAA